UUAACACGCCCAGUCACAUACUUUUGAGCUCGAGUAACACGAAAGGUAACUGCUUGACUUGAACCAUGGAGAAAACAACCCGGGACUUUUUGUUGUCCAGUUUUAAUGACUUGGUGGAUGCAGAGUUCAAACGUUUCUGCGGCAAACUGUGUGACAGUAAACUGGAACCGCGCAUUCCCCGCGGAUCUGUUGAGAGAAAGGAUAGAGAAGACAUGGCGAGUCUUCUUAUAGAAACAUACACUGAGAGCAGAGCCGUGGAGGUGACAGUCCAGAUCCUUAGAUCUAUUAACUUCAAUCAAACUGCAGAGAAACUGAAAUCUGACUACGAAAGUAGACACCCAUCGCCCCAGCAUGAGCAGGUGGACUCAAAGUCAGGAAAUAAUCAGAUGCAUGUGCAGGACAAGUGCAAGGAGCCAUUGAAGCUUAUUCCAUGCAGCCAAGAGUUUAAAGACAAAAUUCUUAAAGAAAAGGGGAAUGAGGUUUACAAACCAUUAGACAAGUCUGUGAGGAAACGUCUAGCCCUGCUGAUCAACAACAUUGAAUUUGAUAAGGGAUUGAACAGGAGUGGGGCGGAGAAAGAUGAAGAGAACAUGGAGUGGCUGUUAAAAAGUCUGGAUUAUAAAGUAGAGAAAUACAGAAAUCUCUCCGGAAUGGAAAUGGAUGAUGCAGUCAAGAACUUUGCUGGAUAUGUGGAACAUGCAGAUUCAGACAGCACCUUUGUGGUUAUAAUGUCCCAUGGGACCAGAAUUGAUAAUAGAGAUGCCAUUUUAGGUGUCCAUUUUGAUGACAGGAACCCCAUUGACAUCUUCUUCGUUGAUGAGAUCUACUCCCAUCUGAACACAAAGAAUUGUGCAGCACUGCAUGAUAAACCAAAGGUUAUCCUUAUUCAAGCCUGCAGAGGAGGCGAGGAUGGAGGUUUGGAGAUCAAUGAAGGUGAACACAAUGAGCUAAAGAAAAUAAAGCAAGAUGGCUGGGUGCACAAGGAGAAGGACUUUACUUGUCUUAUGUCCUGCACCCCUGAAACUGUCUCUUUCAGGGAUUCUGAUUUGGGAACACCUUACGUCAGACACUUAGUGAGUGUGUUCUGCGAAAGUGCACAUGAGAUUCACAUUGAUGAAUUGUUCAGGAAGGUUAUGCAACGCUUCGAGAGUGACCCUGAAAUGAAAGGAGGCUUUGAACAAAUGGCAUGUAAAGAAAGGGAAACCCUUGUAAAGCAGUUCUACUUGUUCCCUGGACUUUAAUAUCAAAGUAAAAUCUGACAUGCUCUUGACACAGGCUCUUUGUGCCAUUUCAUUCCAGACUUAAACAUAAAUGUAUUAUUGUAAAUGUACAAUAAUAAUAACAAAAAUCUUCUCUACAAAAACUAUCCUAUUGCACUUAUAUUAAUAGUUCAUCCAAAAAUUCCAGCAGAAGAAAGAAAUUCAUACGAGUUUGAAACAGCAUUAGGUUGAGUAACUGAUGAGAGAAUUUUUAUUUUUGGGUGAACUAUUCCUUUAAGUCCUUUCUUGACAACCAUAUAUCCCCAUCCCUACCCCCACAAACAAAUAUUUUGAACAUUGCGGGAUACUAUGGUUGACAAAAUGAAGAUUAGUCUACUCUUUUCAGAGUAUGACUAUAGAAAAGCAUUGUCCAAGUACUCAGGAAUGUUUUGUCAUGCCUGUCAUAUGUUGUUAAAGCAUUUUGUAAUCUGUAUGCUAAUGAAACUUCCAUUAAACUGCUAUCUUUAAAUCUC